GAGCGCGGCAAUUUUCCCCUGAAGUUCGGUUGUUGGAGACUUAAUAUACGCUGUAUAUAGGCCCACACUAACUUUUUCCCAUUUUUUUUCUUUCAAGUCUAACGGUGUUUGUUAGCGUGAAAGUAGACAUUGUCUGUGUGUUUCGGUUCUGUGAGGAGCUCCAGCUCCAGGCUGUAUCGCUAAACUGGCUGCUUCUCAACGAAGAGGACUGAACUCUCCACGCUGCUGCUGUGUGGAUGGACAAAGAGGACCAGAGUCUUAACAAAGAUCAUCGCAUUUUGUGUGAGACGCGAGUAGGUGCUUGUGGGCGCUUCGGCUCAUCUCCAUAUGAGUCAUGGACUUUCAUGCUGUCCUGCAGCAGAUGUCACUGUGUUUUGCUGUUACAGCUGCUGACAGUCAUAGCUGGCUCUUUUCCUUCAGUAAAGGUGAAUCUUCAUGAGGCUGCUACUCUCCCCUGCACUCAGAUGUGUUCUGGUCUGGUCACAUGGACUUUAUAUCAUAAACCACAUGACAUACUGGCUCAGUGUAACCAGACAUCUUGCCAGUCAGAGGAGGGAUUUCACAUGUCCCAUGAUCAGUACCUGAAGGGAGAUCUCUCCCUCACCAUCACUGAUGCUGAUUACACUAAGAGGUCCUUGUACACCUGCGCCUGUAAAGGUCAAGAGCUCUGUGAUGUGAGUCUACAGAUAGAGGCCUGUAAUUCUUCAGUUCAGAUUAAGCCUGGUGAACCUCUGGUGCUGGAUUUGCUCAUAUCAGAGUCAGUUGAGGUGAUUUAUAACAGCACAGGUGCAGCUGCUCCCUCUAGUGGACAGAUCUGCACAGUGGCUGGACAUUCACUGAAGUGUAAACCUGAAUACACUCGGAGAGUGUCGCUCAUCUCUGCUGUGGAGCUGAGAGGAACCGCACCAUCUGAUAGUGGAGUUUACAGCAUCAGAGACACUAAGCAUGAAGAGAUUAUACAGACAUACACAGUUACUGUGGAAGGAACUGGAGCUGAACUGCCCCUGUCCCACAAUCCCUCUCGAUCCCAUCACAGUGACCACUCUGACGUCCAGCCAUGUCCAGAUCAGAGCUCCACAGUGACGGUGUUGACGGUGCUCCUGGCUCUGACGGGGGCGGGGCUUGUGGCAGCAGUGCUGGUGAUUGUGCAGCUGAGGAAAAAAAUUCAGGAACUCUAGAAAGGAAGUACAGUGAAUGGAACAGUAACCAUGACAACAGAGGAGUUAAUAUGAAUGGACUAAACCACUCAGUUGAAGAGCAGAGGUGAUCUCCCAAUAAUAACCAUGAGGAAGUCUGAGAGAUGAUAAAUGAUUUGCCUGUGUUAUACACACACACACAAACGUAUCCACACUGCCUUUCUCUGUCCCAUUCAGGGGACAAAGACCAGUGUAUGGAAACAGACCUCCUUCAUGUCAUUUGGUUUUGAGCAAGGUUGACAGACCCUGUGGUGUCUACUGUUUUACCAGCUGGCUAUUAUUAAAUGCAGCUGCUAGUUACCAGUGUCUGUAAUCUGGCUCAUGACAAGAUCACUAAAGUUAGAUCUGAGAAACAUUGAAGGAAGAUGAAUCAACAGUCAUUAAGUAACUAGAAAGUAAAGAGUGUAUACAAACUGAGUUGUAUUUCUAUCAGUAUAAUUUUCUUUAUGAAGUGCAGAUAUGUACUUAACUAUGUUUAUUGUAUGAGUAAUAAGAUGAACAUUUGAUGAAGGGAUUAAUGAAAGGAGAAGAGAGGAGGACUAAACAGAUGAAUGCUGUUGGUAUAAUAUGCAGUUUGGUGCUUGAGGUCCACUGUUGAGUUUCUCUGCCAAGCCUGGUGGCUGUAGCCAGGGAGAUAAAAUAUCAGUGGAUUUCUGAGCAAUGAUGGAGGGAUGAAAAAUUAUAGAAGGAUUGCAUACAUGAGUGUGAUUAAAAUUAAUGAAAGCAUGGAAGGGGUUGAUAAACAAAUGUUGUCAGUACAAAAUGCAAUUUGCUGCCAGGAGUUGCUUAAUGUUUGUCUUUACAAAAUUAAUUUUUCAUUCCUCUGUUUGUACUACUUUGAGCCAAAGAUGUUUUAAAGUUUUGCUCAGAAAUAUUAAUGAGGUGUUUAUUCUCUGUGCCUCUGUAAAUCCAUACACUUCCCUUGCAGUGCCUUAUGGGUAAAGACCUGCCAUGUGUUUAUCUCAGAGAUAUAAGAUGUAAUGCUGUUUAUUUUGAAAUACAAGAAGAAAUCAUGAUUUAUGGAACUUUUUGUCUAGAUUUAUUACUGUAUUUUGAUACCUGAUGCAUUGUUACCAGAAUAUAAUCUUUUACAUACA